UGUAUAAAAAUAAUGGGUAAUUUGAUUAAGUCAAUUGAUGUGGGUACCUGUAUAAUAGUUAUGACAAUUAAAAUAGUUUUGCUUCCAAUCUCAACCAAGUUGUAUCUUUUAAUGGCGACUGAUGAAAAUAAAUGUAAUUAUGCGAAAAUGACGUCAAAUCUUACGAAUAUAGUGCUUCCGGGACAUUUUAAUCCAAAAACAGAUAAAUGGAGGGAUUAUAAAGAGCAGUUAUUAUGUGCGCUCGAUGCCGCGGGUUAUGGUGAACAGAACAUCGAUAAAGCGCGUUCAUUGUUUUUAUCUCAGUGUGGAAAAGACACUUAUGGCUUAAUUGUAUCUCUAUUAGUACCAAAUCGACCAACUGAAGUGGAAUUUUCCCAUAUACUACAUGUUUUAGACAAAUUUUAUGAACCGGAAAUUAAUGAAAUUUUACAAACGGAAAAAUUUCAUAAACGUCAUCAAUUACAAAAUGAAAGCGUGCAGGACUUUGUAGCAGCUAUAAGUUUAUUGGCUGUUAAGUGCAACUUUUCGGACUUGCAACGUCAGUUGAGAGACAGACUGGUGUUAGGGGUUUGUGAUAUACGCUUGAAAAGAGAAUUAUUGAAAACAGAAAAGCUAACUUAUGAAAGUGCUUUACAAAUGUGUCUCAAUUAUCAAGCUACAUGUUUGGAUUUAUACCCUGAUAACAUCCUGCAGAAGCAAACUCCGUUCCAUGUUACGGAACCUAUGGAAAUUGGUAGGAUAAAGUCAAAUGACUGUCGACAUUGUGCAAGACUACAUAAAACUGGUGAGCGCUGCCCGUUUGUGAAAGCAAGAUGUUACUUUUGUAAACGUUAUGGGCAUAUUGCAUCUGCUUGUGAGAGGAGAUUGGCGAAAGUGCAUCAGACUACAGAAUGUGGGGAGGGAAGCUGUAAGUCCUUGCCCGAAGAGAUGUUGGGGGUGUAUAAUUGUACAGAAAAGUACCUUCCAGCAAUUAGAGCUGAUGUGAUAAUAGAUGGUGUGAGCCUUUCCAUGGAAAUUGAUUCUGGAGCUUCGAGAACAAUUAUUUCAGAGGAAACUUAUUACAAAUUAUGGGUAACACCACCCCCACUGAAUCCUACCAACAUAAAAUUAGUGACAUGGACACGUGAACCACUGAAAGUGCUGGGACUGGCUAAUGUACGGGCUAGUUUAGGUAACAAGGAGGCACAAUGUGAGCUGUUGGUGAUAACAGGCAAGGGACCAAGUUUAUUAGGAAGAAAUUGGUUCAACCCUCUGGAUAUACAUGUUUCUGGAUUGUGCUGGUCUAAUGAAGAGUUAGCAUCCUUCAUAGACAAAUUUCCUGAUUUAUUUAAGAAUGAUUUAGGAGAAUAUAUUGGUCCAGAAGUUUCAUUACAUGUACGACCUGAGAUGGCACCGAAGUAUUUUAAAGCUCGACCAGUACCAUUUCCACUUAAACAACAAGUGGAAGCUUCUUUGAAACAGAUGAUUAAUGAUGGCGUUUUGACACCAGUUAAGUAUUCAAAAUGGGCCACACCAAUUAGAGUUGUUAAGAAAGAUGAUGGCACACUCCGUAUCUGCGGAGAUUAUCGUGCCACUGUUAAUGCUGCUAUAAAUACAGAUACAUACCCACUGCCCACAUCAGCUGAAGCUUUUGCAAAGUUAAGUGGAGGACGUGUGUUUAGUAAAUUGGAUCUUAAGCAAGCUUAUACACAGGUGAAGGUGGAUAAGGAGACAGCUGAACUGUUAACGCUUAACACUCCUAUGGGACUCAUGAGGAUGAAUCGUUUGGCCUUUGGUGUGAGUGCGGCACCAGCAAUUUUCCAGCGAUUAAUGUCAGCAGCCCUUGUAGACAUGGAAGGAGUAGCAUGCUUGCUCGAUGACAUUGCUGUAUGUGGGAGAAACAUUGAAGAACAUAAUGAAAGGUUAUGCAAAGUUUUAAGCAAAUUGAAUUCAAUGGGAUUUCGUCUUAAUGUAAAGAAAUGUGUAUUUGCAUCAGACAGCAUUACCUUUCUGGGACAUAUGAUUGAUGGUGAAGGACUACAUCCAUCUCCAGUAAAGGUCAAGGAGAUUAAAGAGAAACCAGCACCUCAGAGUAAGGUAGCGUUACGGGCAUUUUUGGGUCUUUAUAAUUUUUAUGAAAAAUUCUUGCCUGACAAAGCGACGAUUCUUGAACCAUUGUAUAGGUUAUUAGAUGCAAAACGACCCUGGAUAUGGGGUGAAGCCGAACAAGUGGCCUUCAACAAAGCUAAGAAUCUUUUAUCAUCAGAUUUGACAUUAGUUGGAUAUGAAUUAAACAGAACACUGCUAUUAAUUUGUGACUCCUCUGAUUAUGGUCUAGGAGCUAUGAUUGUCCAUGUGAUGGAUGAUGGAUCAGAACGACCGAUUAUGAUGGCUUCACGAACUCUUCAGCCACAUGAGCGGCGUUAUGGACAAAUUGACAAGGAAGCCCUGGCAAUUAUAUUUGGUAUCACAAAAUUUCAUGAAUAUUUGGCAGGACGUAAAUUUGAUAUUAUUACGGACCAUAAGCCGCUUGUUGGUCUGUUUAACCCUUUAAAACCUAUACCUGACCAAAUAUCACCAAGAAUGUUACGGUGGUCGCUGAAGCUUGGUUGUUAUAAUUAUAAUAUUAAAUAUAGGCCAGGGAAACUUAUUGGAAAUGCAGACGCCCUUAGUCGAUGGACAGUGCCUAAUACGUCUGCAGGGGAAGAGGAACGUCUAAGAGAAGUACUUUUACUUGAUGAGCAGCCAGAGGGGUGGGACCUUGAUGUAACACGGAUUGCAGUAGAAACUAAGAAAGAUCCAAUUCUACAGAAAGUUAUGUUUCAUAUACUACAUGUCUGGCCCCGUUCUAGUCCAAAUAUGGAAGUGGAACCAUUUUGGUCUCGCAGAGAGGCUCUUUCUCAUAGUAAAGGAUGUUUACUAUGGAGCAACAGAGUUAUUAUACCCAAAGCACUGCAGAGUAAAGUUUUGGAAUUAUUACAUGCUCCCCAUGCUGGCGUUGUUCAGACUAAGGCUUAUGCUAGAGGAUAUGUUUGGUGGCGUGAUAUGGAUCUACACAUUGAGAGAAUUGUGGCAGACUGUGUGCAUUGUCAACAAGUGAGAAAUAAUCCACCAAAAGAUCCACAGGCUUGGAUACCGUCGGAGAAACCUUGGGGUCGGGUGCAUGUAGAUUUUGCAGGACCCUUCCAAGGUAAAACAUUUUUUGUACUGGUGGAUAGUUAUAGCAAGUGGUUUGAAGCCGAGAUUAUUCCAUCAAUGAGCAGUGAGACAAUUAUUAAUGUAUUAAGGAAGAUUUUCGCUGCACAAGGAUUGCCUGAUAUAUUGGUAUCUGAUAAUGGCAGGGCUUUUAGUUCUGAAGAGUUUAACUCUUUUCUGAAAAAAAAUGGUAUAAAGCACAAGUAUUCACCCCCGUAUCAUCCUGCGACUAAUGGGCAUAUUGAACGUGCUAUACAAACAUUUAAAAAUAAACUUAAGAAAUUUUCAUAUGCCAAUUGUAACAUAUCUUGGCCUGAAAAGCUAUCGAAAGUAUUGUAUCAUUUACGCACAGUACCGAAUAGCACUAAUAAAACACCAGCGGAAAUUCUAAAUGGCCGUCGAUAUAGAACUGCUGUUUCCAAUUUACACCCUAAUUGUGUACCAGAUGAUGCCCAGAAGCAACUUGAAGCUGUAGCCCAACAGUCUCGAAACAGAACGUUUAAUAUAAAUCAAGCAGUGUUAAUUCGGGUUUAUGAGCCAGGACGGAAAUGGCUCAGGGCUACCAUUGUGGAGGUUGAAGGUCCAACCACAUAUAGGGUGAGAACAGAGGAUGGGGAGAUACAUAGGCGCCAUGUAGAUCAGAUUUUAUCACGUGGUAGCAAAGAGCAUACUAUGCGCCAACGUAGACCAUCCUGGGAUCAACCAGAUGAUAUUGUACCUGAGGCUUCGCCUGAGAUUGAAAUACCAGACCCUGAUUCCUGGCCAGAUAUAAUUGGUAUACCUAGGGAAUCUGUGUAGCGUUCAUGUGUUGUGAUUAAUAUAAAGAGUAUCUUAGUCUUAUGUGCUGAUUUCUGUAUUUGUAACUAUUAUAGAUAUUAAUUGUACUUCAAGAUUAUAGGGGUGAGAUAUGUUAUGUAUAAAAAUAAUGGGUAAUUUGAUUAAGUCAAUUGAUGUGGGUACCUGUAUAAUAGUUAUGACAAUUAAAAUAGUUUUGCUUCCAAUCUCAACCAAGUUGUAUCUUUUAACC